CAGUCAACAUGUUCUCGAAGUUGGUGUUGUGUGUCGUAGUGGCGAUGGCGGCCGCGGCGCCCCAGGGGUACGGGCCACCUCCACCAUCCUACGGCGCCCCAUCAGGUCCUGUCGUGCCCAUCGUGAAGGACGAGCGUCAGGGACCUGAUGCGUACGGCAACUACAACUUCAACUUCGAGACUGGUGACGGCAUCAGUCGUCAGGAGCAGGGCGCCCCUCAGGGCCCAGCUGGCGCCGUGGCAGCUCAGGGAGGAUGGUCGUUCAAAUUCCCUGAGGGCACCCCCGGAGUCUUCAAGUUCGUAGCUGACGGUGCAGGCUACCGCGUGGAGUCUCCCCUGCUGCCCACGCCCCCGCCUCUCCCCGCCCACGCCAUCGCCCAGAUCGAGAAGGCUCGUCAGGAGGACGCCGCCGGUAACCGGUACGCUGCGCCCUCAGCCCCGGCACCCCAGUACUCAGCGCCCCGCCCCGCCGCCCCCAGCACCAGCUACAGACAGCCCUGAAGAACACAUUCCCAUAGAAAAUAAUCCAA